AAACAAUAUCAGAGGAGUUGAAGUGACACUAUCGUGAAACUAGAACAAGAGAGGAUGCAACGUGCGUAUUGUUCACAUUGCUUGCCGAUACAUGGAUUCGAGUAUGGGAGAUCGUGAAGAUAAAUAGACCGUCAAGGUCGUAGCAGGAUUGGCAUCAUUUUAACAAUAUUCAUAUACUGCAUCUCUACUGUGUCCUCAUUCAAUCUAUUCUGGUUCAAAAUCUGACAAUUUUUCGAAAUAUAUCCAAUCAAGAAUCCAGUUGAUCAGUUCGAACUCACUACAACAGACCCUUCAAUGUCGUCCUCCAAGGAAACAAUCUUGGUUAUCGGCGGAACAGGAGCUCAAGGAGCUGCAGUAGUCAAAGAACUAUCUCUCUCCAACAACUACACCAUCAACAUCCUCACCCGCACCACCACAUCCCCUCCCGCUCUCUCCCUUUCCUCCCUCCCAAACGUGCACCUCAUCCCCGGCUCCCCCCUCAACGAACCCGACCUCCACUCCGCCCUCGCAGGCACCUCCAUCGUCUUCGUAAACGUCAACGGCUUCGCCAUCGGCGAAAAAGCCGAGAUCUACUGGGGAAUCCGAAUCUUCGAGAUCGCUGCCGAGAAAGGCGUCCGCCAUUUCAUCUGGGGAAGUCUCGACUCCUCGUAUCAAAUUAGUGGAUAUGAGGCACGCUUUCGGACCGGCCAUUUCGACGGGAAGGCGAAAGUUGCGCAGUGGAUUGGCGCGCAGCCGAAGGAUGGGAAGAUGAGCUGGAGUGUGUUGACGAGUUGUAUGUAUGUAGAGAUGUUGUCUGAGAUAUUGAGACCGAUGUCGGAAGUGGUGGAUGGUGAGGAGGUUAUGGUGUUUAAGGCACCUGUUGGGGAGGGGAAACCGCCGUUUAUUUAUUUGAAUGAUUUGGGGAGGUAUGCGAGGUGGAUGGUGGAGAAUCCAGAGGAGAGUAGGGGGUUGAAUUUGAGAAUUGCGACGGAGAGUGUUGGGUGGGAGGGUAUUGCGAAGGCUUUCUCGGAAGUUACUGGGAAGAAAGCUGUUUUCAAGGAUGUCACUCUUGAUGAAUACUUUUCUUCUGGAGUUUUCCCAGAUCCGGAUGCGAAGGUUGGACAUUCCGUCGAUCAUGAUGAUGAGACACUUCAGACGUACCGGCAGAAUUUCACGGGGUUCUGGAAUACUUGGAAAGAAAGUGUCUUACAGAGAGACUAUGAGCUCUUGGACAGAAUUUUACCGGACAGAGUCAAGAGUGUGAAGGAGUGGAUGGAACUGACUGCAUAUACGGGUCAGCCGGGUAACGUUCUGAAGGACUAUGUUGACUUGGGCGAAGCAAGAAGCGCUGCUGCCGCAAAAGUUUAGCUAGAAGUCGUCACUCUCGUUGCUAUAAUAUAAUUUAAACUUUCCAAAACUCGUUAGGUGUGGGAAGGAUCUCCACCACCUGUUUCCUCAAUUCCUGUCCCUCCCUCGUUUUUCGAGCGUCCACUGUUCCCUCACAUGCCUCCAGCAACCCUCUCCCCAGCCCUCCAAAGUGUCAACACCGGAACAGCCAAUCCCAAAGCCCAGGCUCCCGACCUCGCAAAUGCCAAAAUAUUGUUCUCGAUACCAAUAUAAAGACCUGUAUAAAGGACUCUCAGACCCAAGUAUUGUACCGCGCUACGGUUGAGGUCUUCGCUGGGGAUACCAGCUACGGUUCCAGCAAUCUAUCGAGCAGUUAGAGAACAGUGAAAACAGAACUAGUAAAGAACGAGAUUUGAGAAAACUUGUGAUAUGCGUGUCAUAAAAGAUUCGAGGGCAAUGACGUUCGGGUAACUUAAGGGAUCGAGGAUGGCGUACCAUAGCAGCAGCAAAAAGCGGAAACCCCUCCAUGGCAUUAACAUGUGCGCAUUGUGCUCUAUAAGAUGAGUUCCAAACACUAGAUGGGACUUUCCCUUUCAGCGCCUCCAUAUUUGUUCUUGGCCUGUAAAAGUAUCAGCGUCAUACAUCCACAAUCACGUGCACGUGGACAUGCUUUCACUGUGGAGGAUUGGGAAAGGCCAGCAGAGAACAGAUGAAUUGGAGAGGGAGACAAACAUGCUGAAAGACCAUUUCCCGCCAGUAGCAGCCAUCAUCCUGAGGGUUGCGUAGAAAGUGGGAGCGAGGGCCAGACCGUAGGCGGCGAGGAUGGAGUGGAGUGCGUAGUUGGGUGUCGAUUUAUCCAUCUUGUCUUUGUGGGUAUCGUUGUUUGGAGUAGAAUGUUGGGUCCGUAUAUAUGAUGAAUUCCUCCUUGGGAUGUUUGAGGUGUCUUGGGACUUGUGGUGUUGUAUUUAUGUUACCACUCUCGU